AUGCUACAUAAGGUAGUCCUUUAUGUGGCUGUGCUAUACAAAAAUUCCGGUUGUAUUUUGGCUCUUGAAAGUUUUUUUGUUAUUGAUAGGGACGAGAUAGCUGGAUGCAGCGAGAAGGCAUAUGACAGCCUUUCCAUAAAGGACGCGCAGCAAAUUCUGCUGUUUUCUUCAGAUCAUGAACUAGUUGAAUACAUUAAGAAGGAGCAUCCCGAGUGGGAGACCGAGAAUGGGUUUGUAUUUUUCCAACGAGCCAAAGAAUCGGUGCCUUGCAAGGAAAUUCCAUCUUUGCAACUCAUCAAUCAGACACUCAGUUAUGCAAGGGAAUUGGAGCGCAUUGUGUGA